AUGAAGAACGCGCUUGGGUGUUGUACGCACAGCCGCAUGGAUCAGGGGCUGCACGAGUAUCUUCCUUCGGUGGAUGCCGAUCUGCUGGCCGGCAGGCUCCACAGCUUCGCCGAUUUGGCUCAGCUCCAGUCGAGCAUGUGCGAGCUGCACUUCCCCAACGGGCGCCUUCCCAAGCGGGCCGCCGACGGCGAGGCCGCGGGCGCCCCUGCCCUCGGCAAAGCCAAGCCGCCCCCGCCCAGGCAGGGCGGAGGCGCAGCCGCGGGCUCCGGGGGACAGAGCGCCGCCGCAGGCAGCGGUCAGCAGCAGAACGCAGCAGGAGACAAGAAGAACCGCAACCGCCACCAGGGCAAGGUCAAGGACAUGGGCUUCAACAAGAAGCAAGCGGCUUUCAUCGACGUCAUGGUCAAGCAGGUGCUGCUCACCACGCAGAUGGCGCGGGACCUGUGGGCCGCGGGCGUGGACGCGUUCUUCAUGGACGCGGACGCGCCAGAGGUGGCCGCAGCCAGCGAGUGCGGGGUGGCAUAUUCACGCGAAAUCCGAGCCGGCGGGAAAGGCCACCAGCUCGGUCCACCUCACCAUCAUAAAUUCGAUGGGUUUCUCAGCAAGUUGCUCGAGCGUGGAGUCGCGCUGGGACAGCUGACGCACGCAAGACUCAAGCUCAGGCACGACAAAGCAUGGUUGGAGCUGCAGGCCGAGGAGCUGCACGACAUGCUGCGGCUGUUCCGAGCGAUGAAGUGCUACGACCAGUCCACGCGCAAGAUACACAUCAUGCUAAGAGACGUGCCGAUGGACCAGCCCUCGCCAGAGUCCGACGAGCAGCCGCUGCCUUCCCCCAUACAAGGCCGCGGCCUGCUGCACAAUGCGCCGGCAGAGGCAGGGGCUCGCAGGGUCCUGGGCGCGGCGCCCCCUGGCGCCAUGGGGGGGAUCAUGCAAAACCCUGUGGACGGCCAGGAUGCUCGUGCGCGAUUGAUGGCAAGUCCUGGCCUUCGGGAGUAA